AUGGCUACUCUAUUUUGGGAUUUGUCUUGUCCUCCCUACUAUGCUUUCGCAGUGGGAAUUCAAUGCAAUCAGAAGUUUCAGUUCAAGGUCGAUACUCUUGAAAACGGUGUGUGCGUUUUGAAAGAAGGAGAAAAUAGCAUUGUGGGUCAGGAUGCUAUUUGCGACUACUUCAUUUCCAAAUGCGCCGACCAGAGUCUUCUUGGAGGAGAUGAGUCUUCGCUCGUGAAAGAGUGGAGAGAUAUUGCGGCCUCUGUAACCAAGGAAUCUGUUCUCGAGGUUAUUGAGAAGUUGGACACUUUCAUCGCUACUCGCACCUACAUUCUCCGAAAUACUCUGUCCGUCGCGGAUAUCGCUCUCUGGGCUGCUAUCAAGCUGACCGAAGUCGAGAUUCCUGAGAAAUUCCCCUACGCUGCUCGCUGGUUCAACUUCAUUUCCGCGGUUCCCUCCGUGAAGCAGACCGUGGGUCGCGUGGGCGGUACGCUGCGAAUGGCCGCGAAGCAGGCGUCGGCCCCGAAGAAGGAAGUGUCGACAAAGAAGGGCGAAAUCAGUCUGGACGGAACGCCGGAAUCGAUGCCGGAGCUUCCCUUCGCCGAGGAAGGCAAAGUGGUCACUCGCUUCCCUCCCGAAGCGUCUGGAUACAUGCAUGUGGGCCACGUGAAGGCUGCGAUGCUGAACUAUUACUACGCGAAGCGGUACCACGGCAAGCUUCUGCUUCGUUUCGAUGAUACCAACCCGAGCAAAGAGAAGGAAGAGUUCGAAACGUCGAUCAUCGACGAUCUGGCGAAGCUGGGAAUCAAGGCCGAUCUGUUCUCGCACACCUCCGACUAUUUCGAUGUGAUUCUGGACUACGCGCGCCAGCUGAUUCGCGAGGGCCUCGCGUUCAUGGACAACACGGAUCAGGAAACCAUGCGAAAGGAGCGAAUGGAGCGCAAAGAGAGCAAAAUGCGAAACACAUCCGUCGAGGAAAACAUGCGUCUCUUCGAAGCGCUGUGCCGCGGCGAGCCCGACAUGCACGACUACUGUCUGCGUGCGAAGAUCGAUAUGAAGAGCGACAACGGCACCAUGCGCGACCCCGUGCUGGUUCGGUAUUUCCCGCUGACGCACAUCCGCACGGGCGAUAAAUACAAGGCCUAUCCGUGCUACGACCUCGCCUGUCCGAUCGUCGAUUCGAUCGAAGGCGUGACGCACGCGAUGCGCACCACCGAGUACAAGGAUCGCGACGAGCAGUACAUGUGGAUCCAGCGCGCGCUGCGUCUCCGCGAAGUGCAUCUGGUGGAGUUCGCGCGUCUGAACUUCCAGUACACGCUGAUGAGCAAGCGCAAGCUCACGUGGAUGGUGGACCACCACGAAGUGGACGGCUGGGACGAUCCGCGCUUCCCGACAGUGAAGGGCGUGCUGCGUCGCGGCGUGCAAGUGGAGGCCUUGCGAUCGUUCAUUCUGAGCCAGGGCUUCUCGAAGCGCGUGGUGACGAUGGAGUGGGACAAGUUCUGGUCGGACAAUAAAAAGAUUUUGGAGCGCAACGCAUUCCGCUACAUGGGCGUUAUGAAGGACGACUAUGUGGUUAUUCAUCUCACCAACGUGGAGAGCAACGGAUUCAUCAAGGUCGCCAAUCACCCGAAGGACGAGUCGAAGGGCGUCAGCGAGAUCGCGAUCGGUCCGGACGUGAUGCUGGAGCGCACCGACGCGGAAGCGCUCAAGGAGGGCGAGGAAUUCACGCUCAUGCGAUGGGGCAACGCGAAGGUGGCAUCGAUUCAGCGCGACGAAGCCGGCAAGGUCGUCGGUCUGACGGGCGAAUUCGUGCCGAAUGGAGACUUCAAGAACACGGUGAAGGUGAACUGGGUGGCGUGCUCGCCGGAGAAUCACGAGGUGACGGUGGUGGAGUACGACGAUCUGCUGACGAAGAAGGCGCUGGAGGAGAACGACAACUUCGAGGACUUUUUGACGAGCAAGGAUCAUCCCACGAAGAUCGCCUAUACGAUUAUUGUGAACAAUGCGUGCAAGAAUCUCAAGGAGAACGAGAUCGUACAGCUCGAGAGACGUGGAUUCUAUCGCUGCGAUCGUCCUGAUACGGAGAGCGAACCGGCCACGCUGAUUUUGAUUCCGGAUGGAAAGAAGAAGGCGAUGAGCAAACUGAGUGGAAUGUUGGGGCAUAAGUAAUUGGGA